AUGAACCCACCAUCGUCAUCUUCUUCAAAAUCAAGAAAACCCCAUCACAGAACAAACUCAAAACUUGAACCUAAAACAAAGAAAAACCUCUCUUCUGGAAACCCUUUGCAAGAUCUCAAUACCACCAUUGUCACUCCAAGCAACAGUAAGAGUAGCAGCAAUAGCAACAACAGUAGCUUUGAAGCUCCAAGGGGUUGUCUCAGGUUCUUUCUCUCAAAUUCUUCUUCUUAUUCAAAUGCUAAAACCCCUUUAAUUGAUAGGCCAAUAAAAAUCAAAACUUUAGGAAAAACCACCCCCAAAUCGGCUCCCAACCCAUCAAAACCUUCAAAACGCAGCGUUUUACGGAAACCCUUCUCGCAGAAUGGGGAGAAGGUUAGAAAAAACCCGCCUUGUUUGUAUCAAUGGCAGUCUGGGAGAAAACCCACUUCAGGAAAUGGGUCAAAAUCCAAAAUUUCUUCAGUUUUGGACUCCAGUGGCAGUCUUGUAAAUAAAGUGUCAUCUGGGUCUGAGAUUAGGGUUUGUGAUGUGAAUUUGACUCCUUUGAGUAAGGUAGCAACUGGUUCAGGCUUAGAUUUUAGAGAAAAUGAGAAAGAAAUUGAUGUUGAUGAUGAUGAGAAGUUGUCAAUCCCUAGUGGAAACGAAAAUAAAACUCCUCCUAUUCAGGCCUCUGUGUCUCCAGAGAUUCAAACACAAUGUGGCUCAUCUAUAGUGGCUACAGCGACCACGCCGGCUUGUUAUGCUGCUGGUUAUGUUGUGUCUGGUGUCACUGACAAGAGGAAAUGUAGGCCUAGAGGGAUUCUUACUGUAGGGGAAGAUAAUGUGCUAGACUUUGGUGCAGCUAAGGAUAUUAGUGGUUUUGAUGAAGAUGAUGAUAGCAACAAAGAGAAUGUUCUGGGAGUUGUUGAUAAUUCUUCUACUGUUUCUAUGUUGCCUUUACCUGCUGAGGCUUCGAUGCAUUGGCUUUUGUCUCCUUGCAAUGAGGAGGACGAGGAUCAUAAGGAGAAUUCUGAAAUUGGGUCGUGUAGAUAUCAGAUUCAUUCUCCUAAUUCAAGUUUGUUCGAUGACGAGUUUAAUUUUUCAGAUUUAUUUAAUGGUAGCAAUAGUCGAAGCAGUGUUAGUGUUAGUGCUAGGAAGAGGAGGAGCACUUCUUUGUAUUCUCCAGGUGAAGGAAUCUUGUGGCCUUCUCCUGACAAUGAAGCUGUUUUGUCUACCCCCAAUUGUACAUCUAGUUGCAAGGGUGCAGGUUUGGAAGAAGAGAGGAAACGCUGUGAUGAUUUUGAUCGAGAAAAUUCUCCAUCCUCCAUGGAUAUAUCAGGAAGCGGAAAUGUUGUUCAAACUCCAGAGUCUGACUCAAGUUCUGAUAGAGGUGUUGGUUUGUCGCGGUUAAAAGCAGAAGCUGGUAAACAACAUCAAUUUGAUUCUGAACUUGAUCUGAUCACCAAAAGUCUCCAGAGGACAAGUUUAUCUUCCAAGGGUUAUGAAUCGAUAUGGGAUAUAACCAGUUCAAGUUUUCAGUUCGAUUGUUUGACAACAGCCUCCAAUUCUGUUGAUCUUUCCCACUUCCAGAAAAUUUUGGAUGACCGGUCGUCUUGGAUGUCUACUUCUACUUUAGGGAAUGUGUCACAAUCACAGAUGAGGAUAUCAUGGAGAGACGGAUUGGUGAGUCGGAUUUUUGAGAUGGAUGAGUUUGAUAGUUGCAGAUACUUAUCAGAUGAAGAGGAAGAUGCCAGUGAGUAUUACAAUGAACAGUUGAAAUCCUGUCAGAAUCCAGAGUUCACUGUUGAUGAAGGGAAAUAUGAGAUUCUGAAAAAUGGUUUUGGAUCAGCUGAAUUUGUAGAUACUGAACUGAAAACUCGAGAAAAAAGUGAAGAAAGACUGCCUUCUCAACUAUCUUGUUCUUGUGCAGAGUCAAUAAGCACUGAUGGAGGCGGCCUCACGGCUUCAGGGGAUUCGGAUUGGACUCUAUGCUAUAAGAACCAGUUAUUUAAAGUAUGACUUGUGUUCCUCUCUUACACUCAUUCAAUCCUCUAUUGUUUAGUCAAACUAACCUUUGAUUGAAAGUGGUUCUUCUUGGCGGUCAUUCCAUUACUUGUAAUUUCACCUGUGUUUUAAUUGAAUUUCUUCAUUUAAGAUGUUCUGUUCAUAAACGAUAGAAUGCUUUCUGAAUUAUAUUUGACUCUAUAGUGAAAAAUUCU